UGAAGACGAAAACACUCACCUCUUCGUUCCAUACUACAAGCAACAACCGACUACACCACGAUGGUCCCAAUGGAGUCACAACAGCAGCGGACGCUAAUCCUUGAUCUCGGCGACGUCCUAUUCCACUGGUCUUCUCGCGAUCUUACCGUCCUUUCCCCGCAAAUUUUCCACUCUGUUAUCCUCUCUCCAACAUGGGCGGAGUUGGAGCGCGACCAUCUCGAAGAGGCAGAAGCUCUGAAGAUUAUAGGAGAGCAACUCUCAAUUGAUCCUGGAAUGAUAAGCGAAGCACUUACGCAAUGUCGCAGAACUUUAUGCGUCGAUAACAACCUCAUCGAGAGGCUCAAAAAGCUCAAAGCAGAGAUGAAUGGGCGGCUCAAGGUUUACGCAAUGAGCAAUAUCGCAAGGGAAGACUUUGCGCGCCUCCAGGCUGUGCUAUCUGACUGGAGCUUAUUCGACGGCGUGUUCACGUCUUUCGAGGCGGGUAUGACGAAGUUUGAGCUCGGCUUUUUCGAGCAUGUGCUGGACAGCAUUGGAUGUCGCGAUCCAACAUCUGUGAUCUUCGUCGAUGACAAGCGCGGACAAGUCAAUACAGCGCGCUCAUUCGGUAUGCAGGGCAUCGUAUUCGAGUCCCCAGGCGCUCUGAUGCGUCAGUUGCGCAACCAGCUGUUCGAUCCCGUAACACGAGCGCGUCGAUACAUGACUGACAAUGCCGGCAAACAUGUCUCUCGCAUCGAAGACGGACCUGAGCUAAAUGAGUUUUUCUCUCAGUUCAUGAUUCAUUGGGAGCUCGAAGACGCAAGCCUCCUCAGUCUUUCGCCUCCUAACACCGAUGCUGCGGAGAUCAAUGCAACGAUUGAGCAAGCGAGCAAGGAAGCUAAGAUAUGGAACUACUUUAACGGCCCUCCUAUUGGUACGACAAAGACCUUCCCUGAUGAUGUCGAUGACACUGCCAACGCUUUGCUUGUGUUUUCGCCGCCCGCCUCUUCGGCCAACCCAGUACUGGAUCAUAUGCUUCAAAACAGGCACGCACAAGACGGCCUUGUCUUGACGUACUUCUGCGACAAGCGACCUCGUUUGGAUCCGAUCGUCAUUACCAAUGUCAUUCGAGUUUUCUACAAGUACAACCGCGGCGCUGAUGUCAAACUCGAGCUUGAUUACAUUCGUCGCAUCCUUCUAAAUCGCGCUUAUAUCGAUGGUACGGACAUGUAUCUCUCUGCUGAGACAUUCUUAUACUUUUUGUCUUGCCUUGUAGAGGCGAACACAACUGCGCCUGAGAUUCAAUCACUCAAAGAGCCGAUAGCUGCCGCGCUCCGAGGAUACGUCGGUCGCCGCGGAGAUUCUUUCGCUGUUGCUGCGCGUGUCUUAGCAUGCCAGAAGCUUGGUGUGUGGGUCCAGCCUGACCUCGAAUACCUCAAAGAGUUGCAAGAAUGUGAUGGGGGUUGGGAAAUUGGGUGGGUGUGUCGGUUCGGCAGGAGCCAUAAGCGGAUUGGAAAUCGGGGCGUGCCUACAGCUUGGGCUAUCAAGGCGCUUGAGCAUGAAAAGAUUCUUGCGCACGAACUCCAGCCCUAGUUUUGGACGAAAACCUCAACGGUGGCAUGAUGAAAGAAGCGGAC